UGCUGGGCCAGCCGCUUCCCGCGCCCUCCCUCAGCCCGCCGGGCAGCGCUUCAGCCGGGGCGGGCCUUGGCGGCAAGCGUCAGCCCCCUGACGCCGACUCGGCGUCCAGCGCCGCCGCCGCCGCCGGGAGCUGCCUGCUCUUCCUUCUGGAAGAAAAACCAUACAGGAUUUUCUGAACUGCGUCUGAUGAAGUGGGCUUGAAGAUGGCACAAAAGCUGUUAAGAGUUUCCAGUUGAAAUGAAGAGACUUGCAUUGGACUUAACAGCCUGAAUCGAUGAAUUGUAGUGCCAUCUACAGGGAGAAACGGUCAUCUGAUAUGGCAUUUCUGCGCUUCAGUAUUGUGAGCAAGCUCUUUUGGAGGAAAAGAGGCUCACUUGUCCUGAAACUGUUAUGUUUUACUCUUCCUGUGAUUGUCUUCUGUGAAUUUUUAAUUUAUUACAUAGUUAUAAUUCAGUGUCACUGGCCACAACUGAAAACUCAGACUCUAGAAGGCACUGAACAGACUUCAGAGUCUGUUUUGAAGGCUAUGUUUUUAGCAGAUACUCAUUUGCUUGGUGAAAUCCAAGGACAUUGGUUGGAUAAGCUAAGGAGAGAAUGGCAAAUGGAAAGAGCCUUCCAAACUGCCCUACGGCUGCUGCAGCCAGAAGUUGUUUUUAUUCUAGGUGACAUCUUUGAUGAAGGGAAGUGGAGCUCUUCUCAGGCUUGGUCAGAUGAUGUACGACGCUUUCAAAAGAUGUUUAGGCAUCCAGCCCACACUGAGCUGAUUGUAAUUGUUGGCAACCAUGACAUUGGCUUUCAUUAUGAAAUGACUGAAUUUAAGUUAAAGCGCUUUUCACAAGUUUUCAACUUCACUUCAGAGAAACUGGUAACUCGGAAAGGGAUCAAUUUUGUCCUGGUGAACAGCGUUGCAAUGGAAGGAGAUGGCUGCAAAAUCUGCAGGACGGCAGAGGCAAAGCUUGCAGAGCUCUCUCACAGUCUGAACUGCUCAUUGCAGGAACAAAGUCAGUACCAAAAGAAGUGCAGCAAUGUAGACAAACUUCCACCAUCAUUGCCAAUACUAUUACAGCAUUAUCCUCUUUACAGAAGAAGUGACUCUCAAUGUACAGGAGAAGAUGCUGCUCCUCUGGAUAAAAGGAAUGACCCUUUCACGGAGAAGUACGAUGUGCUUUCUGUGGAAGCUACCCAAAAGUUGUUAUGGUGGUUUCAGCCCCGGCUGAUUCUGAGUGGUCACACUCACAGUGCCUGUGAAGUGCUGCAUGAUGGGAAGAUUCCAGAAAUCAGUGUUCCGUCAUUCAGCUGGAGGAACAGAAACAAUCCUAGCUUCAUAAUGGGCAGCAUGACAUCGGCAGACUUCUCCCUCUACAAGUGCUUCCUUCCAUUUGAGAACACAGUUGUUGCUAUCUACUGUGCAGCAGGAGCUGUGCUUGUGCUCCUCAUACUCGCUCACUUUCAGUCUCUCCACAUCCUCCCUUUCCCAUUUGUUCAGCAUUUAAUCACUAAGCAUAAAGCAGUAUGAAGAGCUGGACAUUUGUAAUCGGUCACUGACACACCAAAGCUAAAGAACAGUCCAUCAGACUACAUUCAUGCCAGCAAAUGCGUACUUGAAUUGCUAGCCCAAAGGCAGGGUUGCCUUCACACACAGAAAGUCCUAUACAGUUGAUAUGACUUUUUUUUCUCUACAGGAUUAAAUUAACUGAAUGCUUCAUGCUGUACAAAAAUAUUGUAUUCUACAAUCAAAUGAGUCAUUUUUCCUUGCUAAAGUUUUUUUUUGUAUCAAACAUGUAUAUUAAAAGUUUGUAACUGUACACUAUAAGUCUACAAGCCUCCUCUUGUGUCUGUACUAGAGCGUCCUAUGCUGCUAGAGGCUUAUUAGUCUUUCUAACUGGAAACAAUUCUAAAGUGUUAUUGCUGCGUGACCAUCUAAUGUGGUACUUCUUUUCCUUGAUGUCAGCAAUACAAGAUGUAGAGUUAUUUUACAGUAAGAUGUUACAAACAAAAGGCUCUUGUUUGGGAGAAGUAGCUUACUGGCCUCAGAUGCGUCACCUUGCUCAUAUUUGAUGUAAAGUAGUUUUAGAUGGUAUUCAUGUGUUGUCUACUUGCCAAUCAUUCAAGCCCCUUGGUAAGCUGGCUUGCAGAAUAAUGGCAAGCCAGGCAGAAAAGUGAGGACAAACCUUUUGAGCUACCUCAAUAGCUGUAUGUAGUCUGUGCACAUCCCAUUUAUGUCAAGAGGUCCAUCUAGAAGUCUUCCUCAGAAUAGGAUGUUAGCAGCUGUUUUUCUACCCCAGCAUGGUUCAUAUCGAGUUAUACAUAAUGAGAGCAUCCCGUACUUCAGACAGGAUUCUAAACAAUUGCUCAUGGGGAGACCCUAAGCAUGUCUGCCCUGAUUCUAAACACUCUGAAGCAAAAGGCAGUCCCAUGGAGAUCAAUGGCAUUUUCAAAUAGUGCGCUUGCGCACAAGAUCUUAAGAGGACAAACUUUAGCAGCAAGUUUUAGUGGUCAACUUAGUCUUGAAGCUGAGUUUUAGAUGAGUCCCAAGUGCUUAGGGUAUGGGUGCACCAAUGCAACAUCAUACAACCACUACUGACAGUUACAUCCAAAGUUUUAUUGUCCUUUGGAUGUAGUCCAUGUUCUUGAAUUUGGGAGGGAAGGAAAUGGCAUAUAAGCAGAGCUUCCCCCCAUGACUGUUUUGAAUUACAUCCUCCCACUUUUAGCAGGCAAUAGUUCACAUUUUUUCUUUGUCUUCAGGAGAAAGUAUAGAAACAUGUUCAUUUCUGUAACAGUGGUAUCUCUGACCCUUCAAAAUAAAAAUUUCUUUCAAAUGUUCUGGGAGCAUGCACAGUUAUUCUAAUGAAACAUUACUGAAUAUGUCCAACUAGUAGUUUCAGAGUGGGACUAAAAUGUUGAGGGGUUUUAGAAAAUACAGUACUAGAAAGAUUACUAAUUCCUCUUCAGAUUUACAACCAGAAUGUGUCUGUCCAGUUUUCGGGGGGGGGGGGGGAGGGACGGGACUGGGCUUAUGUAAAUAACAAACAUGCUAUUCUUAUAAACAUUUGUUCAGGUUGUGUGGUUGAACAUAUUUCAAGGAAUAAUUAAUUCAUCUUUAAAUUUAAAGGAUGAAUAUAAUCUAAGCGAUUAAGUCAUCUACAAAGUUAUGUAGGCUAAUGCUUCUAAAUUUGUUAUUGCAACUAUAAAUUUUAAACUUUUGUACAGGUUAUCUUGGACACAGGAAAGUAUGUACUCCGGCAUAACACCUAUGUAUAAAAUAUAAAGCAAUGUUAUAUUUAGAGGAGGACAUGCCUUAUUGCUACAGCAAUUCUUGCUUUUAUAUUGUACUGUACCACAACUUAUUAUGUGAAUGUCAUUUGCAUAAAUUAUUCAAGUUUGAGAAAUAUUCACACAUUGUGAUUCUACAAUAUUUAAAAUAAACCAUUUUCUAAGGUCUCUUUAUUAAGAGAAAUAAAAACGUCAUCUUGUAAUUCUCUUAGGCCAGACACAAGGGUUACAGCUUUUCUUCUUUCUUGCAAUUUGCUAGCAGAAUGAAAGCAGCUGUUGCAACAAAGAUAUAAGAGCCUUUAUCUAAUGGUGCUUUUAUACAUUCACAAUCUGCCUCUGCAAUUGUGAAAAAUCUCUGAAUGACCAAAGAAUUACCCAACAUACUUUUCUAAAAGUAAAAAAAAACAACAACCCUUGGUUCCCAUGAAAACAACACCAGGUUGCAAUUUGGACACUUGAAUCAAUUUCAGUGUUUUAAAGCUGAGACUGAGAGAAAGGCAUGUUGCUGCAACAUCUGGUGGCGAUAACAACUUACUUGGAAAGGUAAUGACUAAAAUUUGCAUAAUUUAUAAUUUUUUAUACUAAAGAGCAUUUUUAUAUAAACCAGAAAAAACCCCUAAACUCUACAGAGAAGUUUCUUACCUCCAGCCACUGCUGCAGGUAAAGUUGACAUCAAGCUGUACAGCGCAAUCAAAAACAUACUUACAUCUUAGCUCAAUUUACAGGUACAGCCAUAAUCAAGGCACAAAGAUCUUCUACAAGUAUUUUUCUUCAAUAAAAUUGUACAAAAUAAUAUUACACUUUAC